AUGUACUCACAUUGUACGUCCGGCGGUUGGAUUCUUGGCAAUACCAUUGAUGGAACACAAGCAGAAUAUGUGCGCAUUCCGCACGCCAAUUCCAGUCUCUACACUAUUCCCGAGGGAGUGGAUGAGGCUGCAAUGGUCAUGCUCAGUGACAUCUUCCCUACCGGGUACGAAUGCGGUGUUCUCAAUGGCAAGGUCGAGCCUGGUUCAACAGUGGCUAUUGUUGGAGCAGGACCGAUCGGAUUGGCAGCCCUCAUUACGGCUCAGAUGUACUCCCCUGCCAAGAUCAUCAUGGUCGAUAAAGACACCAAUAGGCUCAACGUGUCUACAGCCAUGGGGGCGGCUCACACAGUUGACCCAGACAACGCUGUCGAGCAGAUCAAAGCUUUAACGGAUGGGAAAGGAUGUGAUACAGUUAUUGAGGCUGUGGGAAUUCCUGCAAGCUUCGAUUUAUGUCAGAAACUCCUCGCUCCGGGCGGCACAUUAGCGAAUGUUGGUGUCCACGGCACGAAGGUAGACCUACACCUUGAAGAUCUGUGGGCACACAACAUCUCAAUCACGACAAGGCUGGUUGAUACCGUGACUACGCCAAUGCUUAUGAAGUUGGUGCAAUCCGGAAAACUGGAUCCGACUAAGCUUAUAACACAUAAAUUCAAAUUUAGCGAAAUGGAGAAAGCGUACGAGACGUUCGGGGCUGCUGCGCAACACGAUGCAUUGAAGGUGGUUGUCGAAAUGGAGAACUGA